AUGUUCACCUUUGAUUCAGUAAUACCUCGAUUUAAUGGUGCAUACUAUGUCUACAAAAGCCUUGUUCAUCUGUGCUUAUCCGUGGACCUACAAGCUGUUGUCAAGUGGUUGAAUAAGCCUAAGGAUGAGGUCCCUCUCAAACCCGAAACCUUCCUAGCUUUGGUUGAGACAUAUGUUCAAAAGUAUGGCAUGAGAUUUUUUGUUUUGGAUGCACAUGGGAUAUGGAUGACAACUCUCUCUGUACUGUUUACUUUUUUUCUUUCACUUCAGUCAAAGGAUUCAAAUUCCAAUCUCAUUGUGGAAGAGAUCAAGUUAGUUGCAAAUGCAGAGGAGAAUGAAGUGGUGACAACAAUCCAGUUCAACGAAGCAAACAUUGUUCAGAAAGAUGUCAAAAUUGUGGAACCAAAAGAGAAAAAUGCAGCAGCAGCCGUGAAAUCGUGCAAACAGCCAAGCAUUGCUCAGAAAGAUGUCAAAGCUGUGGAACCACUAGAGAAAAAUGCAGCAGCGGCUGCAAAAAGGGUAAGUCUUCUAUCAAUGGGCACUAGGAACUUAGUUUCAAAGGCUUCUAUUAACGGGUACAAGGAAGCUAAGUUUCUAUGUCUUGGAAAAAAUUUCUAA